GUUGGGGACUGGACUCCGGAGGCGCAUUUGCGGUGGGAUUCGGAGGAUGGACGAGGUUUUGGAGCUCGAGGACUGAACGAGAGACAGUCGGGGAGCAGAAUUUGGGCAAUCCCGCAGCAAUGUCGCUCGGGCUGGGUCGGCAGCUGUGCCAGCGGCCUCGUGCGGCCCUGGCCAUCGUCGGGCGCUUGCACCAAUGCCGCGAGCGCUGCAGCGAGAGGGUGACAUUGCACUCCUCAGCUCCCCGCCAGGCCUCGAGGACUCUCGUCUCGCGGACCGACGAGGGCGCCGGGCCUCGCUCCUCGCGAGCGGGCGCGACCAGGAGAGGGCGAGCCGGAGGCGAGACGAGCUGGGAUCGCGCCGCCGAGACCUUCUUCUCGGACGGCUCUGAAGCGGAUGGCGAGCCCGGCGCGCGGACGAGGACUGCGUCGUUCCAGACGAAGGAGGACGAUUGGCAGUCGAGAAAUCGAGCUCCUUCGGGGCGAGAGGGACGCGAUGGGCGCGAGGGGCGCGACAGCCCUAACUCUGAGGGUGCGGGGAGGACAAGAAUUGCGCCUUCGGAUUCACGAGAAGCCGACUGGGAAUCGAGAAAUGUAGUUCCUUAUCGUGCGGAUAGGCGGGAGCGCGAUGGCGAGGGUUUUAGCAAUCCCCGUCGCAGAUCUUCCGCUGGAGAGCGCUGGGGAGGCGAAGGAGCUCGACGGGACAGCCCGUCUACCAGCUCCGGAAGCCUCAGGGAUGGCGCCGGAAGCUCGAGCAGGAGGCCUAUGUCCUUCCGCGACCGCAAUUCCGAGAGGAAUUCUUCUGACAGGGGGAGCGGAGCAAGGGAGCAGCCGUGGCAGCGACCCGCUAGUCGAAUUCCGCCCAAGGACGAUGAUUUCCGAAGUAAAGGGGAUUACGACCCGAACAUUCGAGUGGAAUCCAUGAGUAGGGGUUAUGGCAGGGCUGCCAGACCGAGCGGGGAGAGCAGGUGGAACGAGGUGGGAGACAGACCACGGGACGACAGAUAUGGCGAUUCGGAUGAGUGGCGCUGGCGGGCAAGGGAGCCUACUCCUCCCCUGGACAUGGAGGGGCAAGCCGUCUAUGGAGUUGCUCCGAUAGUGAGCGCUCUGCAAGCUUGCAGAAGGACCUUCUACACUUUGUACAUGCAAGAGAAUUUAGCCCAAAACCUCAUGACUGGAAAGAGGAAAGAUAAGCAAGCUGUAUCAUGGAUUCAGAACAAGGCUCGAAGCUUGGGCGUGACUGUAAAGGAGGCUUCCAAGCACGACCUCAACAUGCUAGUGGACAAUCGACCCCAUCAAGGUCUCGUACUAGAUGCUUCACCUCUGGAACUAGUACCCAUCGAUACUCUCGAUGCUCCCACGUACGAUGGAGACAGAGCUCCUGUGUGGGUUGCCCUGGAUGAAAUCACGGAUCCUCAGAACUUUGGUGCGGUAUUGAGAUCUGCGUAUUUCUUGGGAGCAGAUGGUGUGGUGGUUUGUGCCAAAAACUCUGCACCCCUGAGUGGUGUAGUUAGCAAGGCAAGCGCAGGGGCUUUAGAGGUGAUGGAUGUGCAGUACUGCCGGAGCAUGGUGAAAUUUCUCGACAAAUCCAGAGAGAAGGGAUGGCGAGUCCUCGGUGGUGCCUCAGAAGCGAGCUCAGUGCCUGUGCGAGACCUUCCUCGAGGUAUUGCAACUAUUUUAGUCUUAGGAAACGAAGGCAGGGGUAUGAGAACAAUGGUGAAGAGAAGCUGUGAUGAGCUAGUUUCAAUAGAGGGUAAACUGAAUAGCCGACGAAGCAAGGGCGAGUAUGUCUAUGAAGCAAUUCCCGAUGAUGAAGAUGAAGAUGGUGAAGCCGAAGGUGAAGACGAGUAUUCUGAACGAGGUACGAGGAGUGGUGCAGAGUUGGACUUGAAUUCCGGGCCAAUGGCCGUGGAUAGUCUGAACGUGAGUGUUGCUGCGGGAAUCCUCCUCCACGAGUUGAUCAUGCCCAGCAGACAAUUAGACAGCGGGCAGAGUAAAAGUUUAGAAUAAAACCGUCAAAUUAUUGUAAACUGUCAACUGUGGGAUGUCAAAACGUGAUGAUAUACUUUUUCUUAGUUCGCCUCUGAAAGCCUCCGACCCACAUUUUGGCAAGAACUUCAGAAUCACUAUUAAAUCAUAGGAUUUUCAAGUUGUGGC